AUGUCCUCUAUCUAUCAGUGUCCGGUCUGCGGGCACUUGUCCGAUUUAUCCCAUGCUCUCGCGGUCUUCAUUGAGAACCCCCACUGUCACCAGUGUGGGUUGUCCGCUGCUGAGAGCCAUCUGAAGGUGCAAGAUGAGCUUGCUGCAUUGUUUGACAAGCAAAUGACGAUGGAACGUCCACCGAGUAAAGAAGCAACAAUCUCUUACAGCAUCACUCAACACUACCACCAUUCCUCCCACGUAGCUUUUCCCCACGCAAACCCUGUCCAGGAAGUGGCUGUUCCUUCUACGCCUGAUCCCUCCCUGUCUGUCGAUGGGAUAUUGGCUCAGCAUGGGCUCAAUCCAAGUGCUCUUUCUCCUAGCCAGCUGGAUCUCUUCAAGCAUGCCGAUAUGGAGCAGAGACAGCGGUUGGUCCAAACCUGGUUGCUGUACUCGAAACCAUUGCAACAGCAGACCGAGACUUUGCAGUUCUCCCCCGGUGAAGACCUCGAGAUGGCCUCUUCCGAGGAAGACAGCGAUGAUGGCAAGGAUUAUGCGGAACCAUACAUGAUAAAUGGAUAUACAGGCCAUGUCCCUCCAAAGGAACCGACAACGGGGCAACCCUAUGCCCCGUCCAGAGAUCCUGUGUAUCAAGAUCGGGGAUGUUGGCAGCAUGCCGGGCUGGGGCCGAUGGAAUCACAAUAUGGGGCUUUUGAUGAGAUGAACCGUCAUGAUCCCAGAUACGGUGUGGUUCCAUUUUGA